AUGGACGAAUCCGACUCGGAAGACGGCAUCGACUUCGACCAGGAUGCUCCUCUGUACCCCAUCGAGGGCAAGUUCCGCUCCGAGGCUGAUCGCGCCGAAGUCAUGGCCAUGACCGAAAUUCGUCGAGAAGAAAUCCUUGCCGAACGUGCCGCAGAAGUCGAGAGAAGAGUCCAGGAUUUACAACUCAAGAAGAUCCUCCAACAACGCAAGAGAGAGCAAGCCGGUGCCGACAAGAGAAAGCGCAAGGCUGCCGCUGCUGACUUGGACGAUGAUGACCAGCGCAAGAGCAGCAGACCAAAGGUCAAGGCUAGCGGACCUCUGGAAGCCUACAAGAGAGAGCGAGAGAUGAAGGGUCAACAAAGAAACCGUGAGGACGAUCGCAGAAGAGACCGCUCCCCUUCACGAGACGAUGCGGACUCGGACAGAGACGCCGAAGGUGACAGCGAGGUCGAGUGGGAUGAGAAGCCUCGAGCUGCUGCUGCACGCGAAGAAGCUCCUGCAACAUUGCGCGACUUCGAGCGUGCUCGCGUUGGCCGCACCAACUUUGCCAGAGUUUGCUUUUACCCAACUUUCGAGACCAGCAUUAGAAACUGCUAUACUCGUGUAAGCAUUGGCGUUAAUCGCGACACCGGAGCACCCCAGUACCGCAUGGCCCAGAUCAAAGGUGUGUCAUGA